AUGGAAGAGCAGGAGAGCCCUGCCCUGGCCCCCGCAGCUCCACACAGCCCGGACACCAUGGGCAUGUCUGCGGAGGACGAGCGCGCUGCCAGCCCCAGAGACGAGGAGUGGCCGGAAGCAGAGAAGGCUGAGAAGCUGGCGAGAGGAGCCGCUCUGAAAUGGGCUUCAGGGGUGUUUUACCGCCCCGAGAAACUGGAGGGGCUCGGGCAUUACCGGAGCCGAGAGACACAGAGGAACAGCUCCAUCCAGUCCCGGCUGAAGUCAACCGUCCAGUCCUACCUGGAGGGGGUGAGUGCAGGGCUGGAGCAGCUGCGGUCGGCGGCGCAGGAGGUGCAGAGCGUGUGCCAGGACCUGGGGGCUGCACGCUGGGCCCUGCUGGACAGCGCUGACCACUUCCAGGGCCUGCAGCAGAUGAGGGCGCUGGUGGAGAAGCACGUCCAGCUGGCCUCCGUGGUCCAGGUGCUGCCACAGAUCUUCUCGGUGCAGGAGGUUUUUUCCCAUACCCUGCAGCUGCUCCACGGGCAGCGCCUGCUGGAGGCCCACGCGGAGCUCAUGAUGGUGGAGCACCUCCGGGAUGACAUCCUCUCCCAGCUGCACCUCCGCGGGCUCUCCAGUGCCCAGACAACCGUGCUGUCCUACUUCAGCGGCCUGCAGCAGCUCAACGAGACCCUGGCCAAGCAACUGUGGGACAUCGUGGGCAGCAGCCUGCGGCUGGUGCGGGAGGACCCCGUCCUGUUUGUCACCGCUGUAAGGAUCAUCGAGCGGGAGGAGAAAAUAGAUGAUACUCUGCUCCUGGAGGCCACCUUCCUGCCCCCUGGCCGCCCAAAGGGCUGGAGGCAGAAGUUCUACCAUGUCCUCCAGGACACCAUCACGGGGCCCCGCUUCUGCGCUGCUCACGUGGACGCUGAGGGGCCGGGGCUGGCCAGGCACCUGGCAGCGCUGCAGAAGGACAUCGUGUCUGAGCUGCGUGUGGUGAAGGACCUGAUGGUCCAGUGUGUCCCAGCUCACUACAACAUCCUCAGUGUCUGCACUACCACCUACCACCAGGCCCUCACCAGCCACCUGCAGGAGAUCCUCCGGGAGGACCUGGACAAACAGGGGCUCUUCCUCCUCCUCGAAUGGGCGCUCCACGUGUACCACAGCCCAGAGAUGAUGGGUCACCCUGACCUUCUCCCAGAAGUGGAUGUUUCUGCUCUGGGUCCCUUGAUGUCCCCUGAGCUUGUGGAUCAGACAGAGAGGAGAUAUGUGGUGAAAGUCAAGGCCAGCGUGCUAGAGUGGAUGCAGAGGACCCUAGAGGUGGAGUUCAAGGAAUGGUUCAGGGAAGAGGAACCUGAGACAGACCACCAGGGAUUCUUCCAGUCAGCCCUGCCUGUCAUUGUCAUGCAGAUGCUGAAUGAGAACAUCCAGGUAGCUUCCUUGAUCAAUGACUCUCUGCAGCAGAAGGUUUACAACAUGGCCUUGGAGGAGCUCGAGGCAUUUCUAGGCCGCCUGCGGGAAGCCCUGGUGCAGUGCGGGAAGGAGCACCAGCAGGACCGGGCCGUGCCCAAGUACUAUGUCUCCUACCUCCUGGCCAUGCUCAACAACAACCUGGCUCUCAGCAACUCUGUCUCCUCCCUGCACCCCAACACUGCCCACAGAGAAGUCCCUGCAUCCCUCCGGGCUGCUCUAGACAGGAUGCAGAAGAAAGCCUGCCAGCUGCUGCUGGAGGAGCUGCUCCUGGACCUGCAGCCCCUCUGCCUGCAGCUGCCCUCCCGCAAGUGGCUCUCCGGGUCCCAGCUCGUCGGCAGCAUGUGUGAAGUGAUUGACAAGUAUGCAAAGCACUUCUCCCGCGUCAGGAAACCCAUCUUCACGCUCCUGCUGAUGGAGAGCGAGCUGCUGGUGGCCAGCCAGUACCUGCGGGCACUCAUGCAGAGGAAGAUGGUGUGCAAGAGUGAGGAGGAGCGGGGCCAGCUCUGCGACCGCCUGCUGCAGGACACCACACAGCUCCGGGAGCUCUUCUGUGGCCUGGGCCUGGAUCAGAGCCAGCAGAGCCUGGAGGCCGUCUUUGCUCUGCGGGAGCUGAUCUGCCUCAAAGACCCAGCACUACUCAGCCUGGAGGUGCUGGGCUUCAUCACCAAGUACCCUGAUGCCAGCGACGAGCACAUCUCCACCUUGCUGGACCUCCGGGGUGACGUCUCCAAGGAAGUGCGGCAUGUGGUGCUGGAAAUGAUGGCUCAGCACCCCCAGGUCCUGCCCGAGGGCUACCGGCCCAUCUUCAGCACCAUCCUGGUGCCUGUGCCAGAGCUGCCCUUCUGCCUUCGCAAGGGCAAGUGUGCCUGACACUGCCCCUCAGCCAGCUCCCCCUGCCCACUGCCCCGGCACAGGGACAGACCACGGGGGCAUCUCUGCAGCUGCACGGGGGGGACGGAGGUGACACGUGGCAUCCCCUGCACGCAGCACCUUGUCCUGUGUUGGGGACAGUCUGGGUAUGUGCCAUCCUCCUCUGGUCCUGCCUCACUGAGCAGACUGUCCCCUGCAAGCACCAGUGCUGGGAUACCUGGAUCAGGGGAAAUCCAGCCUGCAGCUGUUUUGCUGGCCUGCUGGCACAGUGACUGAGGGCUGCUCAGGCCUGGCCUGUUGCCUGCAGGAGGAAGAGAUGUUGCAGAGCAGACAAGAGUUUGCAGCUGGGGCAAAUCCAUGUCUCCAUGGGGCUGUAGGGAUAUUUGGGUUUCUCCAAGUCUCCAGACAGCUCCCUGAGGCAGCAGGUCCAGGCCAUGGAGCCUGCUACCAUCCCAGCUUCCAGGCAGACUGGAGUCUUACCGGGAGCAGGCUGGCAGGAGGGUUUUAGGCACAGGAGGUCUUCUGGGCUCAGCCCCGAGGUCAGGUGUUGCUACUCCAGCCUGGGCCCUGCAUGUCUGGUGGAGAGCAGCUCAGCCAGCUCAUCAUGGCUCAUGGGCAUGGAGAAGGGUACCAGGUGGUCUCCCUGCCCUGGGCAGUGCCAUCAGCUCUGAGUUCCUACUCACCUGCCAGACUUCCUGGCUCUGGCUCAUUUGCCAGUGUCCAAAACAGGACUGGAAUCCAAGGCUCUCCACCUGCUGUGUCUGCUCUGUUGAGCAUCCUCCUGCUCCAAGGUUCCUCUGUGAUGUGCAGCAAUGCCCUGAGCACUGGCUCUCCCUCCAUCCUCUGCUGCUGCCCGGCCCUUGGCUGUCUCUUCCCCAGGUGCCAUGAGGAGAUCAGGAGCAGCCUGUGUCUCCACCUACAUCCUUGUGCCCAGCCCCUGCAGCGCCCUGGGAGACCUCCACACUCUGCCACGCUUCCUGCCCUGGAGUGGGCUGCAUCCUGCUGUCCUUGUGUGGAACCACUGCUGGAAAUAAAGGCCUGAACUGUG